AUGUCCGGAGAACGGAGACUCGCCGCUCUCGAUGCGUCCAUCGUGGACCGCCUGCCAGCGUACAGCCAAGUACUCUUCGACGCGAAGACGGCCAAGAAGCUGACCUUCACGGACAUCGCGGUGCACAUCGGGCGCAACGAGGUUGCCUGCGCGGCACUCUUCUACGGACAGGCGCAGGCGACGGCAGAGGACGUUAGCAAGCUGUCAGCGCUGCUAGAUGUGCCGUGUGACGUCCUCUCCGCCCAGAUGAUGGGUUUCCCUGACCGAGGCCGCUCGGGGCCCAUGCCCCCUGUUGAACCCCUCAUCUACCGGCUGUACGAGAUUAUCCAGAACUAUGGCUAUUCUUUCAAGGCGGUGCUCAACGAAAAGUUCGGCGACGGCAUCAUGAGCGGAAUCAACUUCACCACUAAGGUCGAGAAGGAAGUUGACGAGAAUGGCACGUUCGCCGUUAUCACCUUGCGCGGAAGAUGCCGCGCUCAAGCUUCCCAUGUCAAGAUGGGCACGGAACUCUUCUACGGGAUCCUCUACCGUAGCUUAAAUAUUUCUGACUACGCUGAGAUAAUUCACUACGACGUUUCGGUGGAUGUACACUAUACCCCCGCCUAUGGACACUCUCGGGCGAUACUACCUAGCAUUGUUUGUGACGUGUCUAUCAUUCUCUCCAUGCCCAAUUUUCAACCGGAUAUGGACCCAGCCCUACCUCUGGAGCGUGUUCAUUAUGGCGCCUCCGUGAUUCCCCGACUUGUGCCGUGA